AUGUCAGGUCAGUCACAACGUGGGAAGACGAAGUCUUUGAGAGCUCGAAAUCAGCGUAUGUCAAUGCCCCCCAUUAAUCAUUUGCGUGUGGCGCAUGCUCAGAAUGCCUCAAAUGACAACUUGGGGAUAUACUCGAACCCCAGACUAACAUAUAUUCUUGGACGCCAUGUUAUUGGAAAUGUGGGGGAAAUCAUUACUAUUGAAGACGACCAUGUUCACGGUGUGAUAAAGGCUAUUUCUCCUUCAGCUGAUCUCGGUAUAACAUAUGCUCAAGUUGCACAAAAAAAUGACAAAGGUAAUCGUAAGAACGUGGCUGACAAAACCAUUCUCUGGACAGAAAUUAAAAUGGUUCAGAUAUCUAACGUUAAAAGGUUGGACUGCCUAGUCGAUGAUAUAAAAACGGACAGUGAGAUCGCGAAAGACUGUUCAACUAAUAACUUUGUGGAAGACAAGGAACUGGUCCCGUUCUUUGCCUCGUCUGAUGUUGUUAAAGACUGUUUACUUGAUCAGGGAAGCUUUUCUGCAAUGGAAAUGUUUGAGACGAAUGAAAAAAUGUUUUCCGUCGUUUCCACGUAUAAUGACGAUCUCCGAGAGUAUACGACACCUGUUGACAGGUCUGCUCCAAAUUUCUCUGAAACCGAGGCGCGGUGUGCAAAACUAGCGCAAGACAUCACAGAAAAUUCUUCAUGUAUUAGUUUAGUUGACAAUGAAGAUAUUGGGAUGGAAAAUGAGGAGGAAAAGUAUAGUGCUGUUAGACGCAACGGGACUGUCCAGAAUUCAAUGCGGAAUGCGAAAAGCAAUUCCCGAACAAAUCUAGCUCCUGCAGAAACUCCAGUCAAUUGCCUUGGCAGUCAACUGUCCCAGGUAUGUAUUCAGUCAAGUAAGCCCAGUCACAUCGAAGCUGUCCGUGUGAGUAUAUCUGUUGGGGAUGCACUAAAGUCAGACAUUGUUCCACAAGUCAAUGGAAUAUCUAAAACCAGCACCCAAGCCGAUAAAGAUAAGGUCAAACUAUGUCACGACCAACCUACUAAAGUGUCUACACCUACUUGCGUGUGCACGUCAGCGCCUCCCGUAAAAACCAGUGUUGUUGAUGUACCUGUGUCGUCUGUUGGUAAAUCAAGCAGUACUGAAGAGCGUGUUAAGAAAUCAACACUCGAUCCCAACGCUCCUGAGUUCCAGCCUAUGGGUUUGUCUUAUACUUCACAUUCUAUUGCUACUAUGCCUCCUACUCUUCAACCCAGUUUACCUACACUAAACAUGCCUAUUCCACAUUACGUAUCAACGGUAAACGUUAUUUCUCAAGCCUCUCAAUUACCGACACAAGCUACGUUUAUUGCUGCAGGUCAGCACAUGUAUGCACCUUACUCCUAUGGACCCCAGACACAUAUUCAACAACUACUACCUACUUCAGUUUGUUCCAAUGGACCUGGUACAAACCCUCAGCAUAUUCGAGGUAGUGCAUUACCCCCGUCUGUCAAUCAACAAAGCUAUGUCACUCAUGGAAGUAAUAUGAUGCAUCAGCUGGGACAGAAUGCUACAUUAGGGCAGAUCAUUACAGCUCCUCAGGUGAUUACAGGUCAGAACUCCACGGGUCGCCUUCCAGUUUGUCCUUCGUCUUCCGUCAACUUCACACGCCAACGUUCCAAUGAUUCCCCUUCUUCGGUAACCCACUGUACAUCGUAUCCUGUCCAGCAGUCAACUAUGUCUAUUCCCACCUUCCAGUCACAAGCACUAUACCAGUUACCUCAACCAAACGGUACGUUCCCUUACUUGGUUUCCAGUCAUCCUCCAGUGGGACUGCAGUUCCUUUCUGGUCUGCCUACUGCUGUUAGUUCUGGUUUGAUGAUGGGAGGUGUUCACGUAUCACAACCUUCUAGUCAGCAAAUAUGCCCAACUCAUACCAUCAUGCAAAUGCAACCUGCGCAUUUACAAAUCCCUGUUGGACAACCAGAUCAAAUUAACCAAACAACUACACCUCAACAAACCUCCCAAUCUCAGCAAAUAUUCUCUCAACACUUUCAAGAUCAAUCCCACCCCAUCCAAAUCCCUUCAUACGCAAAUCUCCAAGCUCCAUAUCACCACAACUUAAUGUUCGCUCCUCAACAGAAUUCCCCUGGGUUUUACCCCGGGCCAUCUGCAAUGAUAGCGACACCAGGAGUUAAUCAUAUUGCUUCUGGUUUAUCACCCAUUGUUGGCCAACCGAAUCCUCAUCCACUGGGUGCCAGCGUGGCAAAUCAAUCCGACUCUUCUUCAACCGCCACCCAGCAGUUACAGCAGACUCAUAUUAUGUCUCAACCGAAUUGCCAACCACAACAAUUGUUACAACAUUACCAAGCAAUCCCUCAACCGCAUUUGCUACAAACACAGCAACUGUCCGCAGCUCAACAUAUAGCCGGCCAUCAUCUCCCCGGCAACCACACCUACCAUGCGCUGAUGGCAGCAAUGGCGGCCGGUGGUGGAGUGGGAGCUACACAAGCUCAUUAG